AUGGCCGAUUCUGAAACGACCAAGGAUGUCAUCGCUGGUUGGAUUGGUGGAGCUGCUGGAAUUCUAAUCUCAAAUCCGCUCGAAGUUCUCAAAGUUCGACUUCAAACCAACCCAUCACAUACCUCAUCUGAUCUCACCUCCCUCGCACUAUCUCGUUCACCAUCACCCGUUCAUCAUUGUGUAAAUUAUGAGUAUUCAAGCUUGGCAUUGAAGUACUCUAUACCACCUGUGGAUUAUGUUUCCAACCAGUCGGGGAUCCGCAACAUCCCACUCACACAUUCGCACUCUGCGACACAACUACCUCACUUCAACUCAACUCUAAAUGGUUUGAGGGCGCUUUGGAGACAGGAAGGUUACCGGUUUCUAUUUGCUGGGGCGGCGGCUCCGAUUUUGGGGCUGGCUUUUAUUGACUCAUUCUUCUUUGCCACCUAUGGAAAAUGCAUGUCGUUGUUUCGUCAAGAUCGGGAACGGCCCGAGCAUUUACCCUACGUAUUUGCAUCGGGUGCAUUUGCUGGUGGAUGUUGCGCUCUUUUACAAACUCCGAUUGAAGUAAUCAAGUGUCGAGCUCAAGCAGAACAUGUCAACCCGACAACCGGAGUGAAACUUGGUUCAUAUGAGAUCUCACGUAAAAUUCUUCGCGAAAGCGGUCUUCGAGGCUUUUAUCUGGGUGGACUUAUGACUGGCUUUCGAGAUUCGAUCAGUAGCGGGAUAUUUUUCACGAGUUAUGCGAUCAUCCGCGGCCUACUGGGUAGUCAUUCGGUUCAGAGAGGCACAAAUGACGAGUUCAGCUCUUCCAGAAGUCCAAAAGAAAUUUCACAAAUCAUGCUAGCUGGCGCGCUGUCGGGUAGUAUCUCUGCGCUACUACCCUACCCACUGGACAUCAUCAAAACUAGGCUACAGGUCAACAAGCUUGCCACUUCAGGUAAUCAAACCUCAUCUGGAUCCCAGGCGACCCACCUUGCAGCCACAAACACAACGUUCAAUCCUCACAAGCCUUUUCCCGUUGCUCAAAAUCUCACCGUUGCUCAGAUUGUGAAGCAGAUAUAUGGCGAUGGGAAACAUGGGAUGUUACCCAACGCGCAUCGUACGCGACUUUACGGUUUUGUGGACUUGAUUAUACCUCAAUGGACACGUCCUCCUCAACAGAAACCUAGUCAGCCAAUGAGACAAGAUAUUUGGCUAGUAAAACGGAGACGAAGGGUAUUGCGAUUGUCACUCAGGCUGGGUGGAAUGAUGGGUUUCUUCAGGGGUUUAAAACCUACAUUGCUCAGUAGUUUUGUUGGCUCAGGUAUCACUAUGGGCAUAUUUGAAUAUGUGUUCGAGCUAUUGGGUCGAAGGCAAGGGAGCAGUGGAAUUGUAAAUGAUGUGAAAUUGAUUAACUAG